AUGAAGCUGGUUCUUCUACUUCUUGACAUAUUUGUAGCAACAGACCUGGUGAUGUUAGGUAAUGCAGACAUUUUUUUUCAAUGCAUGGGUAACAGAGGAUUCGGUAGAUCUUCCUGCAAAAAGAGUGAACAGGCCUACUUCUACUGCAGAACUUACCAGACAUGCUGCCUCCAGUCCUACAUGAGGAUCAGCCUUACUGGUGUAGAUGACAACACUAACUGGUCUAAUGAGAAACACUGGCCAAGAAUACCGUGAAUGCCAGUAUGCCAUGUGCAGACACCAGGGAAGCCGUCCCUGCU